AUGGCUGAUUUUGUGUCAGAGUCAGUUGGUGGGUCAGUGAUAUCAACGCCAGAUACAGAAUCAUAUUUUGAAUCGAAAAGUAAUCAAUUUCAUAUUUUCGGCAUUCCAAUAUGGCGGCCGGAUUAUUUCACGCCGCGAAAAGUAAUACAGCCUUGGAGCCAAGCAGGAGAAUGUUGGGCAUUACAUGGUUCUCAUGGGAAAAUUGUAUUAGAGUUGGCCGUUUUAGCUACCAUUAGUCACGUGACUAUGGAACACAUACCAGUUAGUAUGUCCUUAACAGGAAAAAUAGAUUCGGCGCCAAGAAAAUUUAUUGUCUUUGGUUAUUUCAAAGAUCAAUAUAUAUUAAUAGAUACUUUUGAGUACAAUAUUCAUGGAUCAUCAACGCAAACAUUUCCCAUCACCAAACGUGAAAUUUUAAGUAUUCCUUUUAAAAGAGUCAUGUUAGAAAUACUAUCAAAUUGGGGUAAUCAAAAAUACACGUGUAUAUAUCGAUUUAGGAUACAUGGUAAAUCUUAUGAAUAA